AUGUCCACCACAGCCCCUCCAAAAGACAUCACCAUCGUCGGCGGCGGCAUCAUCGGGUGCAGCACCGCCUACUACCUGACGCGGCACCCGGUCUACUCGCCAACGACACACCGCAUCACCCUCCUCGAAGCCUCGUCCAACAGUGCCGGCGGCCGCACCGCAGACAGCAUCCAGGACCCCGCCACGCUGGCCGACCCCACCACGGCUUCGAAGAAGAACCUCGCACACGACGGCAUCGCGGGCGGCGCGAGCGGCAAGGCGGGCGGCCUGCUCGCAUUGUGGGCAUUCCCGCAGAACAUCGUGCCGCUGAGCUUCAAGCUGCAUGACGAGCUGGCGAAGGAGCAUGGCGGCGAUAAGAGGUGGGGAUACAGACGGUGCUGGGCGAGCCAGGUCGACUGCAAGGCGCGGCUGCCGCCCGGGUUCGGCGGCAAGAGCGGCGAUGGAGCGGCGGACCCUGUGAGUGCGAUGGGGGAUGGCGCAUCCAAGGGACUGCACAAGGACCACAAGAAAGACUCCAAGGCAUUGAAGCGACUCGGGGCGCCGGACGAUCUGGACUGGUUGGAUACCAAGGAGUCGCUGGGCGGGUACGAGAACAUGGGCACGCCCGACAACACGGCACAGGUACACCCGGAGCUCUUCACGCGGAGCAUGGCGCAGCUUGCCGAGGAGAAGGGAGUCAAGAUCGUGACCGGCGCAAGGGUCACAGCCAUCAACAAGAGCGCAGAUGGGAAGAGCGUCGAAAGCGUGACCUACGAGAAGGACGGCCAGGAAGCGACACACCAACCCACGACAGACUGUAUCGUAGCAGCCGGGCCCUGGACCCGCCGGCUCCUCCCCGAAGUGCCCGUCACGGCGGCGCGCGCACACAGCGUCGUGAUCCAGACCCCCAAACCGGUCUCGGCCUACGCGCUAUUCACGGCCAUCGCGCUGCCGACCGGCUUCCCGACGCCCACACCGCAGAAGGCCCGCGGGACGGCCGCGGCGCAGACGCCGCUCAAGAAGCAGCAGGUCGUCGAGCCCGAGAUCUACGCGCGGCCCGACGGGACGGCGUACGCGUGCGGACCGACCGACAACGUAGUGGAGCUGCCGGCGACGACAGCCGACGUCGAGGUCGACGUCGCGCGCUGCGACGACAUCGUGUAUCAGGUGGGCGGCAUCAGCGACGAGCUCGGCCGCGACGGGAAGGUGCUCGCGCGCCAGGCGUGCUACCUGCCGCAGGGCGGGCCGUUCAUCGGCGAGGUGGGCGGCACGAGGGGUUUGGUUGUCGCGGCGGGGCACACGUGCUGGGGCAUCCAGAACGCGCCGGGCACGGGGAAGCUGGUUAGUGAGAUUGUGCUGGAGGGGAUGGCGAGAAGUGCGAAGUUGGGGGGCUGUGACCCGGCGCGGGUGUUGUGA